UCAUAAGUAGAUGUCAGUGAAAUCCCAUCUUCCCCCACCUAAUUUUGCAAGCAUUUUCCUUGAAACCAAAGACUCCAUUUUUUAAUAAACAUUAAAUCAGUGAACAGAAGGAGCACUCCCCCAAUUGCUUAAUCCUUCUAUUCCAAUUCAAGCAUCCAAAUGCAAAUUGGGUGUUACCCAGUCUGCACGACAAAGAUAUGGCAUUGAAGAACCAAUUAUCCUUAAAAAAACCGAGAAAAUCCGACAAAACUGAUGUUUGUCAGUUGUCAACGGCCUUUUUUUUCUUCUGUUUUUGCUGAAGAGUAAAGUGGUUCGAUAACUUCGAUUGGUUGAGUUUGUUAGGUCCCGCGCUUUUCUUAGACUCCACUUUCAAAGCUCUCCGCAACAAAGGGUUUGAUUUCCAGAGCCUUAUAAAUGAGGAGGCUCUCCGUUUGCUGCUUCAACAGUCAACAGCAUAAGCAUUCUCUUAAGAAAUCCGGAGAAACCAUGGAGAACCCCCAAAUGAAGUCUGACAAUGGCAACUCUGAGAACUUCAACCAAAAAAAGAUGAAUCCAACUGGCAAUUCAGUUGCUAAUAUAAUAGUAAAUCAUGAUUUCUCCGAUGGACUGCAUUCUUGGCAUCCGCAUUGCUGCAAUGGCUUUGUAGUUUCAGCUGAGUUUGGCAAACGAGGUGAACUGUCAGCAAGGUCUGGUGGUAACUAUGCAGUUGUCACGAAUCGGACGGAAUGCUGGCAGGGUCUGCAGCAAGAUAUCACAGACAAAAUUUCUCCGGGCUCUGCAUACUCGGUUUCUGCUUGUGUUGGAGUAUCGGGACCUCUUUCGGGAUCUAUGGAUGUGCUGGCAACGUUGAAGCUAGAAAACCAUGGCUCAGCCACUAGCUAUUUGUUAAUUGGAAAAACGUCUGUGUCAAAGGAGAAGUGGGAAAUUGUGGAAGGUACAUUCUCAUUAUCUACCAUGCCUGAACGGCUUGUUUUUUAUUUGGAAGGGCCUUCGCCUGGCGUUGAGCUGCUAAUUGAUUCAGUGGUGAUUAGCUGUUCCAGUUCAAGCAAAUCUGAGAGUGCAAGAAUAGGAGCUGGAGAUGUGAACAUCAUCAUAAACCCUAAAUUUGAAGAUGGCCUCAAUAACUGGUCCGGAAGAGGCUGCAAGGUUGCUUUACAUGAUUCUAUGGCAGAUGGGAAGAUAGUCCCACAAUCUGGCAAAGUUUUCGCUUCUGCUACAGAGCGCACACAGAACUGGAACGGAAUCCAGCAGGAGAUCACUGGAAGAGUGCAGCGAAAGCUUGCUUAUAAUGUAGAAGCUGUAGUACGGAUAUUUGGUAACAAUGUCACAACUGCUACUGUACAGGCCACGUUAUGGGUCCAAACACCAGGUCGCAAUGAUCAGUACGUUGGAAUUGCUAAUGUGCAGGCAACCGACAAGGAUUGGGUGCAAUUGCAAGGAAAGUUCCUUCUAAAUGGUUCCCCAUCAAGAGUAGUCAUCUAUUUAGAAGGUCCACCUCCAGGCACCGACCUUCUUGUCAAUGCCUUGGUUGUAAAGCAUGCUGAGAAAAUCCCUCCUUCACCUCCACCAGUUAUUGAGAAUCCUGAUUUUGGAGUUAAUAUAAUCACAAACAGCCAACUAAAUGACGGAACGAAUGGAUGGUUUCCUCUUGGCAAUUGCAAUUUGAGUGUUGGAUUAGGCUCACCACAUAUACUCCCCCCUAUGGCAAGAGCUUCCCUUGGUAUCCAUGAACCUUUAAGUGGCCGCUAUAUCCAUGUUCAAAACCGCACACAAACUUGGAUGGGUCCAGCUCAGAUGAUCACUGAUAAGCUGAAACUUUUCUUGACAUACCAAGUAUCUGCUUGGGUUCGCCUUGGUUCUGGAGCAAAUGGUCCUCAAAAUGUGAAUGUUGCACUCGGUGUGGACAGCCAAUGGGUUAAUGGUGGACAAGUUGAGAUUAACGAUGACAGGUGGCACGAAAUUGGUGGUUCCUUUAGAAUCGAGAAACAACCAUCCAAGGUUAUGGUUUAUAUCCAGGGUCCAGCUGCAGGUGUUGAUUUAAUGGUUGCUGGAGUUCAGAUCUUCCCUGUUGAUCGUGAGGCAAGAUUCAAACAUCUGAGGCAUCAAACUAAUCAGAUUCGGAAGCGUGAUGUCAUCCUCAAAUUCUCAGGAGCUGGUUCAGGCAGUUUGUCGGGCACCUUGGUGAAAGUUGUGCAAAUGCAAAAUAGUUUCCCUAUAGGGUCGUGCAUUAGCAGAACAAAUAUCGACAAUGAAGAUUUUGUUAAUUUCUUUGUGAAGAAUUUCAACUGGGUAGUGUUUGGAAAUGAAUUGAAGUGGUAUUGGACCGAACCACAACGAGGAAAUUUUAACUACAAAGAUGCUGACGAUUUACUGGCUUUGUGCCAAAACCACAACAUCGAAACCCGAGGUCAUUGUAUUUUUUGGGAAGUACAAGACACAGUCCAGCAAUGGAUUCAAGCAUUGAGCAAAGAUGACUUAAAGAAAGCUGUUCAAAACCGUCUAACCGACCUUCUAACCCGUUACAAGGGAAAGUUCAGGCACUAUGAUGUGAACAAUGAGAUGAUGCAUGGAUCGUUUUAUCAAGACAGAUUGGGCAAAGAUAUCCGAGCAAAUAUGUUUAAGAAUGCAAAUCAGCUAGAUCCUUCUGCCAUCCUAUUUGUGAAUGAUUAUCAUGUUGAAGACGGAUGUGACACCCGAUCAUGCCCUGAAAGGUAUAUCGAACACAUUCUUGAUUUGCAGGAGCAAGGUGCACCCGUUGGAGGACUCGGAAUUCAAGGACAUAUUGAUAGCCCUGUGGGACCAGUUGUGUGUACAGCUCUGGAUAAGUUAGGCAUUCUUGGUCUUCCUAUCUGGUUUACGGAGCUUGAUGUGUCUUCGGUUAAUGAACACGUGAGAGGGGAAGAUUUGGAAGUUAUGCUUAGAGAAGCUUUCGCCCAUCCCGCCGUCGAAGGUGUAAUGUUGUGGGGAUUUUGGGAGUUGUUCAUGAGCAGGGACAACGCACAUUUGGUCAAUGCUGAAGGCGAUAUCAACGAAACUGGUAAAAGGUUUCUUGCUCUUAAACACGAGUGGUUGUCUCAUGCUCGAGGACAUGUAGACGAACAAGGACAGUUCCAAUUCCGAGGCUUUCAUGGGACAUAUGACGUGGAACUCGUUACUGCCUCCAAGAAGGUCACAAAAACAUUUGUCGUCGACAAGGGUAACUCCCCGCUGGUCGUACCCAUAGAUCUAUAAAUUCUCAAUGGUUGCUACUAACCUAAUAAAGGAGGUAAUAAGAUCUCUUUCCAUGGAUCAUCCAUUAUAUCUAUAAAACCAGACACACACACACACAUACACAUCAUACAAAAGCUUGUGAUUAUGAAUUUCAUGUACUGUUUGUUUGCAAAAGAAAGUUCGAGUUUGUUUCCAUUGUAACAUAAAGGUCAAUAAAUAAAAGUAUGAUCUUUUGCUAUUCA